AUGAGCAAAUCCGAUUCACGUAAACGACAUCGUACAACAAGUGGAAACAGCGAUUCCGACUCCGAUUCAGAUUCAUCACAGUCAAAAAAAAUCUUUACUGAUGGUUAUGAUGAAAAUUAUCGUGGAGAUUCAAAUGAUCGAGCUUGGCUGAAAACCUUGUCCGAACGUGAGCGUGAAGCUGAAUUAUUAAAACGACAUGAACAACGUGAAAUAAUCAAACGUCGUGAAGAAAUCAAUAAAAGACUCAAGUCAAAAGCCGAAGAAUCCGGUAUCAAGAGUGAAGAAGAAGGUGAAAUCGAUGAACAUGAUGAUGAUGAUGGAAGCGAUCACGACAAAACAUCUGAUCAUUCUACACGUAAAUCAAAUUUAUUUGAUAACGAUAUUUAUGCAGAAGAUGAUGAUGAUGAUGAUUAUCGAAAAUUAACAAAUCGACGACAACAAAUCAAUGCUACAAAGCAAAAAGAAACUGAACAUAGUAAAUCACUUCAAAUAUUAGUGGAAGGAAGAAAGAAACGACAAGAUGAUAAACACAGAAAAUCUGUAGUUAAAUCCGAUGAUGCUUCCUCGAGUGAUGAAGAUAGUCCUGUAAAGUCAACGAAAACAAAUAACAAAGAUGAAAUCUGGAAAGUUGAUGAUGUCUUUCCAACGUCGAGUUCUGAUGAUGAUGACGAUGAUGAUAGUCGUGGCGAUUCACACCAUCGUCGUCGAUCGCGUUCACCUGAUGAUCGAACCAGUGAUUCACAAGAGCAAGAAACAAAACGAAAAAAAUGUACAUUCAUAAGCACAAGAGAUCAAUUAAAAUCUAUGAUACUAUCACGUUUUCGAAUGGAAAAAUGGUGUCAUUCUCCGUUUUUUGCUGACGUCGCAAAAGGUGCAUUUGUCCGUAUUAAUAUUGGUCAAAAUAAUGGUGAAGCUGUUUAUCGAGUUUGCGAAAUUCGUGAUGUUGUAGAAACAGGAAAAAUUUAUAAUCUCGGUACAACACGUACAAACAAAGGCCUUCGUUUAAAACAUGGAACUAAUGAACGUAUAUUUCGACUUGAAUAUGUAUCAAAUAAUGAAAUAUCUGAUGAAGAAUUUCAACGUUGGAGAGAAGCAAUGAUCAAACAAGGUAUUUCAUUGCCAACAUUGGAUGAUCUUGAAAAGAAAAUCAAUGAAAUCGAAAAAUAUAAGCAUUAUGUUUAUAACAAUACAGAUAUAACCAAAAUAGUACAAGAAAAAAAACGCUUUCGUAAAGCACCAAUAAAUUAUGCUGUAACAAAAAAUGAAUUAUUGAAAGAAAUUGAAAUAGCAAAAGACGAAAAUGACACAGAACGAGAAAAUGAAUUAAGAAAACAGCUUACUGAAAUGGAAGAACGAGCUUCAGAACUCGAUCGUAAAAGAUCAGAGAAUAUUUCUGUUAUGGCGUAA